UGGCGAACUAAUUUCGCUAAUGAAGAAAUCUAACAUCAAUCUGGUUGCCACUGAAAUUAUUGCCAUUGAUCCUGCAAUUCAGAUCCUCAAACUAAAGGAACGUGGUGCCCGGAUUAUUGUUGGAAGCUUCUAUGCUGACAUGGCAGUCAGAGUAUUUUGUGAAGCAUACAAAGUUGGACUGUAUGGGCCUAAAAUUGUCUGGUUUCUUCUCGGGUGGUACGCGGAAAACUGGUGGAAGUCCAAGUCAUCGUCAGUAAACUGCACUUCAGAAGACAUUGAACAAGCUGUUGACGGAUACUUCUCGGUCGAAGCCGUAAUAAUAAACCCCAAAGGAGACGUGACCAUCUCGGGAUACACUCCACUAGAGAUCCAGGAGAUUUUCUGGAACUUGACCAACUACGAGGAUUUGCCAGCUGCAAUACUCGGUCUGAAGGGCUAUGAUGGAAUAUGGGCAGCAGCUCUUGCUUUGAAUAAGACUGCAAGUGAUCUUGAGGCGAAAGGUUCAGAAAGACUUGAAGAUUUCACAUAUAAGAACGCAGACAUGGCAAAUUUGUUGUUCAGCAAUGCCAUGAACACAACCUUCACUGGGGUACGUGGAAAUAUUUCCUUCGACAAGAAUGGCGACCUCAACGCAAUGUAUAUGAUCUCCAGAUUGCAAGGUGGACAAAAACAAAUGGUGGGAUUGUACUAUUCGAAUAAGAUAGAGUGGUUGCCAGACACACCAGUUAUUUGGAAAGGUGGUGUCAUUCCUAAGGAUUCUGUCACCACUAUAAAGAUCACACGAGAACUAUCCUCCUCCUUGUACAUCGCUAUCUGCUGUUUGGCUGGCUUGGGGAUUGUACUCACCUGUGUGUUCUUGGCAUUCAACAUUGGAUACAGGAAAAGCAGGAUCGUGAAGAUGUCCUCACCUAACCUCAACAACGUGACCAUGGUUGGGUGUCUAAUACUUUACAGCACAGUCUUUUGGGAAAGCAUGAGCACGUCAACGUUUUUAGCAUGUGAGGCAAAACUUGUGUCACUGACUGUUGGAUUCUCAUUGGCAUUUGGCGGACUGUUCGCUAAAACAUGGCGGGUGUAUGUGAUAUUCACUCAUGGCACUAAGCAGAAGAAGGUUGUCAAGGAUAAACAGCUGUUGCUAAUGGUCUGUGGUCUUGUAACCAUAAACAUUUCCAUCAUCAUUGUCUGGUUUGUUAUCGACCCGUUCCAGAUUGUCGUUCACCAGUUGCCUGUAGAGGUCAACGUAAUUGAUGACAUCGAAAUACGCGAAAGCAUAAAAAAUUGCUACUCUCAAAAACAGAUUUACUUCCUGGGUUGUCUGCUGACUUUCCAAGGCAUCAUUCUGCUGUUUGGGGUAUUCCUGGCACUGCAAACACGAAAGGUAAAAGUUGAUGGUCUAAACGACUCGAAGAUGAUUGGUGUUUGCAUCUACAACAUCGUGGUGCUCAGUUUCCUCGGGGUGACGGUGUCACUAACUCUGAAAUUUGACUACGACCUCAACUACGGCAUCACGUCCUGCAUCAUCAUUGUGGCAACCACCGUCACUCAGUGUCUUAUUGUCCUACCAAAAAUAACUGGACACUUCAGUACGCCUCGAGUGCACGACAUUGAUAGAGUCGGUCCUGUGAAUGAUGUUCCACAUAGUUGAAUGUGGUAAUGCAAUACCUGUUUUGAACAGUGCAUCAUUUUACAAGGGCAUGAUGCUAUAUUAUGUUAUUAAAUGGGUGUUUUCAUAUUGGCCUUGUUAUAGGUCCAAGUGCCAAUACAACUGUCCGAUGACCUAUAACAGGGACAAUGUUAAAACACCCAUUUAAUGACAUAUUUAUUAAUCACCUUUUACUGGUUAACAAUGCAUGAAGUGGUAUAGAUGUAAGAAAUAAAAAACAAAAUUUGGGACAGAGAUCAUUUAUUGAAAUUUACCACAUCUUUGGUACUCUAAACAGUUUCUUCUAUCAUCUGUUCACUGGAAUUUACUGAAAGAUGUCUUGCCACAAUGUGUGCAACUAUUAGUUUAUUGAAUAAACAAUAACAAAAUAUUAAGGAAUCUUUACCAUGACUUUGGUUCAAUACUUCUAUCAAUUAUUCUUGAAAGAUUCCAGUCAUGUGUGUAUGUAAAAGUAGCAGUAUACUCAUGUAUAUGAUCUAGGAAAAAAGUUUUAAAAUCUGGAAGAAAGAAUUAUGUAUUAAACAUCUAGCACAACUUUGGUACACUAAUCCCAUCUGGUACAAUCAUCAUUAACAAUAACAUUAAUUUAAAAUUUAACACAUUUUGGAACUAAUUUCUUCUUGGGAACUUUCAGAAUCUUGUGUGUGUGUGUAUGUUUUGUUUUACAUUUACCAGUAUGUAUAUUUAUCUUAGUCGUUCCACCUGUUAUCGAGGUACCACCGAGAAUUGAAAGUAGAUUGUCCUUUUUGUUGCCAGUGCCAAGUUAAAUGCUGUGGUCACAUUUGUAUUGAUUUCAGGUUGUGAUAAAUCUGCUUAUGUUUGUUUGUUUGUGUGUUGCAUAUCUGGAACCAUUACCUCAGAUAACUGAUUAGAUGCUUCUUCCCGUUGUUGCAUUGAAGGUAUGGACUACUCGUUAAUUGUUUGAAUAUUGUCCCCCACCCCCGAUAAACAAUCACAGUUGGGGUCGCCCAGCCUGUACCAAAGUUGUGGCAAAUGUUUUUCAGGUGGAAUGGUUAACGUUUCUCCCGGAAAUGUCACCCUGAUGUGCAAUAUUAUGCAUCAUCCCUCCUAGCUGGUUUUUGUCAACAACCUGGUGUGAAAUACCACACUUCAUCAGAUGGGUUUGCAAGUGUGGGCACAAAUAAAAUCUCGCUUCAGAUACAGGGGUGAUGCAGUUUGUACUGUUUAUACAUAUUGGCAGGACAGUUUGCACUGUCUGGUUUUGCAAACAUCCGUGGCAUAACCUUUCUGUGAUCACCUAGUUUCGCUCCACGUCGAGUUUUAGUACUCCUCUCUAAAAAUAUUAAAAUAUUUUCUUUUAUAAAAUAAUACCUAAACAUAUUUCUUUUUUUUUCCUUCAUAUUUUCAACUGACCUUAUUUUAAUGAUGCUGUUGCUGCAAUUACAUACAUAGAGAGUAGAGGAAUGGAGGGAGGGAGGGAGGGAGGGAGAUAGAGAGAUUACAGAAAGAAAACAUUUAUAAACGUAGUUGUUGUUUUGUAUACUAAUAAAGUAAAAUAAGCGGGUUUUAAAUUUUUUUUAUAAUACAUGAUAGACUUCUUAUAUUACUGUACACCUUAUAACAAUACCUGCACCAAGAACUUUCUUAUCAUACAGUAUCCUGAUCUCUUCUGCAGAAAGAGAAUCGGCUUUGACUAGCUUGUUUCCUUUUCCCUCACUUUUCAGUUGCUUUCGUUUUGCUUCUAAAAAACGUCUGGAAUGACUAAACUCGACAUCUUUUUUCAUAUUCCUCAGAUGUCUGUCUGUGCUAUUUCUUGUCUGGUUCAUACUCUGAGCCAUCCUUUGCACGAACACCUAAUAAAUGAUCAAAGAAAGAAAUAUUUGUUAUAAUUUAACUAUAAUAAUAUAUAUAUUUGUAUGUUAAACAUUAAUAACUAAAAAAAUUCAAAUGUACAUUUGGGGUAUUAUAAAUUACUACAUCAAAUACAAAUACACAUUGGGGGGGGGGGGGCUAAAAAUAGUUGUAUAUGUUGGGGUUAUUCCUUGUAUUAAAUUACAUGUAUUUAUAUAUAUGAGACUCCUUUAGUUUGUAUGUUUUGUAUGGUAUGUAAAUAUAUAUAUUCAAUAUAAAUAUAUUUUCAUAUAUUAAAAGCAAAAAAAAAAAAUAUAUAUAUAUAGGGCAACGACCCCAGUAUUCGACCAUUUAAGAAAGAAAGGAUUAUAACAUGUUCAUUUUAUUGGCAUUUGCUAAUAUUUGUUUUUCUUCGUAAAUACUUACUGGCAAUGCUAUUCACUGAACAGACCCAAGUUUUCUUCAUGCGGUAUACGCCGACUAGAGUAGGUUUGAGUACCGCAAGGAACGAUAUGCAGUAUUCGACCAGCUGACCCAGUAUUCGACCACUUUCUUAACAACUGUAACACAUAUUCGUGCAUUUACGCACGCACGCACAUGCUUAUAUAGCCUACACAUUCACACACGCAAAACUCGGUGUUGUCGUCUGCUAUUUGUUUCCGUAAGGGAGGCAACUUUCCUUUUACGACAACAGUUGUAUACGAUAC